AUGCAGCCCUUCAGCCCCAUCUUCUUCCUACUCUUCCUCCUUGGUUGUUUGGGUUCCAAGGCGGCUCCCCCAGCCUCUCUGCCCGUGGGCUCUGACCCCCAGGAGAUGGUCCAGCCCUCUAGGAUGCCCACUGGUGCCGUAGAAAGUUCUCCUGGAGACGGGCCCACGCCCGGAUACCCUGCAACAGUUCUUCCUGAGCUCAAGACACCACCCUCAGCUCCCCCUCAUAUUCCCACGAAAAGCUUAAGUGAGACCCUCAGCCCCAGCCUCUCAGACUCUCCGGAGACCCCCACGCCUGCCCAGCUCACAACCUCAGGCACAGAAUCCCAGAAUGCUUCACAAACAAACCCCUCCAAAGCAACACUGCCAGAAUCUUCUGAGACCCCCAAACCUGACCUGAGGUUUCUUGAAACCCAAAACCCUGAUCCCUUCACAGCUUCACCCCCAGAAUCUCCUGACGCUGAACAUAUUGAUCCUACACCAACAGCACACCAAGACUCCCCUGAAACCCCCAAAGAACAUACCCCCCAAAUCACUCCUGGCGAAGAGCCUAAGACACCAAGUCCUGGCCCCACUCAGCUCCUCAGCUCCAAAUCCCUAGGGACCUAUGACCCUGGUACCCCCAGAACCCUAAAUUCUGCCUUACUGCCAACCAGUCAUCCUGACCUGACAGAAACUCCCCAGCCAGCAUCUCUCAUCACCCACAAUUCCAAUACCACUGACAUCCCCCAAACACAGUUCCCCACAACCCUCAACCAAAAGGCAACAGAGGCAGCUGUGAGCUCUGAUUUGGAAACCACCACUAGUCUUCCUGCCCAACCAACAGCAGCCUUCAGGGAGGAAACAGCCACACCCAGUGAACCAGGCUUGAGUCCCAGCCCAGCAGCCCCUGCAGCCACCCAAGUUGCCACUCCUGGCCUGUCCACCUCGGAUUUCCUAGGAACCAAAGAGCUUAGCGUACCCCAGAACUCGGGCUCUAAAGGUCCAGAUACCCCUCCUUCCUCAGCACGGAUUGUAGGCCCCCCAGCUCCUAUAGACAAGGCCAAUCAGGUAGCCCCUGGGAUGCUGCAGGCCCCUCAGAGACACAGCCGAGGAGAGACAGUCAACACUAUCAUCGUGGUGGAACGGGUGAAGGAGACUGGGGUGACUCUGGUCAGCCGCCCACGAGGCUCCAUCAGUGGAGCCCUGUGCCUGUUCUUCGCGGGGACCGGGAUGCUAAUUGGCAUAUUCCUCCUGCUGUGGUGUCUGUACCGCAGAGCCUCCAGACACAGGUCCUUCGCACACCACCGUCUCCAGGACAGCGGGGAGGAGCCAGUCUUGCACCUGGACGCCCCGAAGGACCCCGUGGACCUCUACUUCUAUGCCCCCGACGCGUGGGUGCCCUCGCACAUCGCCACGCAGCAGCCGCCUCCCACGCCCGCACUGCCGCCCAAGCUGCCCCCUCCGCCCCGCGGGCCGCAGCGCCUGGAAGCCCUGUCGCCGGCCGCGCUGUCUCCCAACUUUGUCUGA